CCCCCCUGUUUUCCCUUCUUUUUUCUCCGUCGCAUUUAUUCUUUUUUAGCACUAUCCACCCGUCUCUUUCUUUCUCUUUCUCUUUCUCUUUCAUACUUAAUUUUUCUCUCGCUUGUUUUUUAUUGACCAAUAUUUUAUUUCCAAAUACUACUUGCCCCUUUUACCGCCUUGCUAGAGUUUCUAAGGAACAUUUUUCUCAACACAGCUCGCACUCCACCCACUCACAGCUCACUCAGCCACCGACAUUAUUCCCUUUUGUCUUGGCAUUAUUCUCCCUCAUUGAAGUACUGUCCGCCACCUUUUUUCUCUUGCAUCUUUAUUCCUUUUUCUACUCCCUACUUUUCUUCUUCCGAUCCAUCCCCCUGUCUCUGCUAUCAACAACAGCAGUAACAAAAAACACCGCUUUUCAUUUUUAUCUGUAACCCGCACACGUUUAUUAUUCUCUAGUUUUAACGAAAAAAAGUAUGGAAUUUUCUCAGCGCCCCGCACACCCUACGCUCUCCAACGGCGCUCACGGCUAUAUGUCAGCGACAUCGGCAGCUUCUUCCCCCGCACACUACCAGUAUGCUUCGGCAACAACAGGAGGUGCACAGCAGCAGCAGUUUUAUAGCUCUGCUCCCUCUGCUCAGGGCUAUGCGCAGCACUCUGGCGUGUCUGCAGCUGUGGCAGAUGCUGCAUAUCCCGGCCUCUUGGUGUCUCAAGAAGCGGCAAUCCAACAGGUGGCGUCUGCCGGCGGUCACGCAUCGCACGACCCCAUGGCCUACGCUUCGCAGAAGAUUCAGCAGCAGCAGAUCCAACAGUUUCAGAUGGCAGGGCAUGUCGAUCACCGUAAGCAGACCAUGAUGCCUGGUGGUUUCGGAAAUGGGCCGUAUGCAGUUGCUGACUCACAAAAGGGAUACGGCAUCGAUUCUGCAUCGUCGCUGUCAUCGCAAGCGACGCUGCUCGAGAGUUACUCUCCAUUGGCGCAGCAGCGUGGCCAUGCCAAACACACCAGAAUCUUUCAGACUCAGAAGCCGAAUCACCAGCCCUCGAACUCUGUUUCUAGCAUGUGUGAGGAAGACGUGUUUGCUGCGGCGAGUAUCCUGAUGAGCCUACGAACAUUCAAAACGCCGUGCUGAGUUUUUUUUGGAAAGGAGCUAAUAAGCACCGUUUAAUUUCCCGCUUAUCCUCGCAUAACAAAUCUUGUAAAAUAAAAAUCACUGUAACAAAUCCUCAACCUUCGGGGUAACCUCGGAGAUUGCAUUUACGCACUUACCUUCACAUUUCAUUAAAAGGUAAAGUAUGUUAACAUCUUUUGCCAAAGGUAUAAAAUUAAAUGAGAUUAUUUGACCGAGACUCAGCAGCACCAGCAGCAGCAGCAGCCAGGCGCAAAGCCAAGGAGGCAACCCUCUACUCAUCCCCGCAGGCAGCGCAUGGAUUGAUUUACCCACAUAUCAUGGCAGUUAUAGCUGUCAGUUGUUUAACAC